AUUCCGUAAACAUCCCAAGCGUCACUUCCGGUUACAUUUUGACAGCAAAACACUGCACAUUUUAGCUAAACGAAGCUCUGAUCCUCGUUAUAUGUUUAUUUUAACACGUUUUGUGUUUUAUGCUCCACAUUUAUUAGACCAUUUUACUUGUGUGGCGGAAUUGACAGUGUUCAGAAAGAGAUCAGUCUUCUGCUUCUAGCAAAAGAUGAAAGUUCCUAGUAAUGAAAAUGAGGUGGUGGAGGAAGCCAGUAGCAGUUCAUCAUCAGUAGACAACUCCAACAACGAAGAGAUUCCUCCUUAUCUACGUGAAGAACCUCCUGAAGACGGAGAGAAGGACCACCCUAAGACCGAGGCGGGGGUCAUCUGGAGGGUGACCGGCGGUCUCUUCAACAUGACCAAAGGGGCGGUCGGAGCGACAUGGGGAGGCGUGGCCUGGGUCGGCUGUAAGAGCUAUGACAUCACCAAGACGGUGGUGACCAGCGUGCCGGCCGCCGGCGUGGGAUUGGUCAAGGGCAGCGUUUCCAUGGUGACGGGGGGAGUGGGGGCGGUAGGGUCUGCUGUAGCCAGUAAAGUUACUCCAAAGAAAAAGGACAAGUCUGAUUAGACCUAGACCCAACUACAACCGCAUUGCUACAGUAUAGUUUAUAAAUGUCUCUCUGCUGUGUUUAGGUUCCAUCUGGUUACUAUGGGGAACCAUUCAGAGUUGAAAAAAGGCACAAGUAACUCAGAUUUGCGUGUAAAUCAUUCGUUGACGUCAAUGGGCGAUUUGCACGGAAAUCUGAGUUAAGGUUGCGGAUCUCAAGUCAGAAUACUGCCCUAAUGAAGCAUUACAGAGGGGGAUUAUGGGAAUGUUGAUUUGUUAGGAUAGAGGAAUUGACCAGAAUGUUGAACUUACUGCCGAGGUACUCUUGAGAGGGAUCUCAUGUCUUUUUGGUUAAUCUGGGUCUGGGUGGGGAAGGGCAUGAUAAUAUGAAGACAAUCCACAAUCCACAACAAUUUGGUAGCGAUUCAGCAAGGACACAUCUACUCAUUUCUCAAAAGCUUGAGGUUAUUUAAAUUCUUCCAGUUUUACUAUGAAAAGGUAUCUUUACAUUGACAAGUAUUAAAACAAAGGUACUUUACACAACUUAAUUUCAUCAGUUUGACAUCAGUGAUUGGGGAAUACACACCAAACAAUGUGUGUAUGUGAAUAUGCUACAACAUGAACCAUGUCUACACUGUAUUUCUGAUCAAUUUGAUGUUAUUUUAAUGGAGAAAAAAUUAGCUUUUCUUUCAAAAACAAGGACAUUUCUAAGUGACCCCAAACUUUUGAACGGUAGUGUAUGUGUUGUAAAAUAUAUAUGUGAAAAAUAGGCAUAUGAUUCCUAUUGAUGCAGAACCUUGCAGUCUUGCAGUAAAUAUUUUCAUUGUAAUGUAGGUGUUUUUAGAUUAAUGCUUGAUGAGUUGGACAUGUGGUCAACAAAGCGUGUUAUUGCAUAGAAACGGACAGAAGAAGUCAUGGAAAUGACAUUUUUACGUACAUGUUACAUAUCCCAGCAGAUGUCCUGAGCUGUUUAAAUAAAUAAAACACCAUUUCACCAACAAAGAAACACGCACAUUCAAAAAUAUAUAUAUUUAACCUGGCAAUUCAGUUAAGAACAAAUUCUUAUUUACAAUGACAGCCUACCCCAGCCAAACCUGGACGACGCUGGGCCAAUUGUGCGCCGCCCUAUGGGACUCCCAUUCACGGCCGGUUGUGAUACUGCCUGGAAUCGAACCAGGGUCUGUAGUGACGCCUCUAGCACUGCCAUGCAGUGCCUUAAACCGCUGCGCCACUCGGGAGGCCUUAAAGUUAAGAGAUGGCUGAGUUAUUGAUAAACAGGAAAUCCGUGGCCAUUUAAAUAUUUUAUAAAUCCGCUCCACAAUGGCCUAUCAAAGACAUUACUAUGAUGAACCUUGUUAAGUUUCAAGCAUCAUAGUUCAUGCUUACAUCUCAAAUGGCACCCUAUUCCCUUUAUAGUGCACUACAUUUGACCAGCACCCAUAAGGCUGUAAUCCAAAGUAUUGCACUGUACAGUACAGGGAGUAAUGUGCUAUUUGGCACAUAACCCAUUUCAUUCACUUAUAUGUACUUUACUCAAAUGUAUGUUUAUGUUCCUUCAUUUGCAUUAGAUCAGGGACCGCGGCCCAUUCAUUUCCAGAAACGGAAAAAUUUAUAAAUAAUAACGCAUUUAAAAAAUGUGAACUAAUUUGGGGUCUCAACUUAUAGUAGAAUAGUAGAAGACACAUGGUGCAUUUUUUACAUGUGCUUUUGCAUCAGCAGUUUUUGUCUUAGGUCAGUCACUGACAGUCACUGAAUUAGCCCAUGUCAAUUUACAUUUUUUUAGAUUUGUAAAUUAGUCUAUCCAGCUAUCUAAACUUGUAGUAAUCAUGGUCAAAUUACAGACUGAGGGUGCCCAUGGAUAUUAACCAAAUUUGUAGAAUUGCAGGAAAUUACAAAUUACAAACUGCAAAUCUUUCUCUCCGCCCCACAGCAAAAUGAGUAGAAUUGCAUGGAAUUAGUUAUAAAAUUGCUAAAUGUUCUCUACUCCACAUGGCAAGAAGUAGAAUUGCAUCAAACUUAUUUUAAAAGUGCAACAUUUUCUCUAUAUAUUGUAUUGUAUAAUUGCAGGAAAUUAACAAUAAAAAAGAUCUAUAUAGAUUAUCUCCACUGUCAAGAGGAGGGCCACUAACAACAAAAUGUAGCUCUGACUACAUGUGUGGGUAUGAAUGUGGGUACGCAGACCCGCUAGCCACUGCAGCUUUCAGAUUUGUUGUGGCCCCCACCCCCAUUAAAGGUGCCCAUCCCUGCAUUACAUUUAUAAAUACUGAUAGAUAGUUGACAGUGACAUUCCCAGAGUAGGAGGGACAGUUGAAAACAAACAUGCUUUUUCUUUGUAUGCUUUCCAAUCACUUCUAGCCUUGGUCCCAGUCUGUUGGAGUUCACAAGAUGAUAUAAACGGAUCUGGGAUUAGCUAAUUCACUUCCACAUUGUUACGUGUAAUCCUGAAUUACUGUCCAUUCUGAUCAGAGAAUAAAAGUACAUGACCAAUUUCUUCCCACUGGACAAAUACUGGUUGAAUCAACGUUGUUUCCACAUUUCAACCAAAUAACUCAAUGUGAUGACGUUAUCAACACAGAAAACUGAUUGGAUUUGAAAAAAGUCAUCAACGUAAAGGUCAUUUCGUUUUUUUUUUCCCCACACGACUUUUAACCUAAAUCAAAUGACAUCGUGAAAUGUUUUGUUAAUUUCACAUUGAAUUCACAUUAUUUGACAACUUGACCACAUGUAAAUCGAAACUAGACGUCUGACACCCAGUGUGCUGUUUGUUCUCCUUUUCGGUUUGUUUUCUUACAUUGUUAUUUGAACAGUAACUGUGAGGACAUUUUUAUUUGAAAAUAAAUAAAGAGAAAACAACUUGGCAUGGUAUUUCCACACCCUCACAUUAUGCAUCGCAUGUUUCAAGAGGUUGUUUUUCCUUCUUCCUGAACACAAUAUGCUGUUUAUUAUUAUGACAAGUCUCACCUAUUUUAUUUUCAUGCUGUUUCAUCUUGUCCUGUCUUUACUGUUUUCACCGGGACACUUCUGCUAGUUAAUAUAUGUCUUGGAGACUCUGUUACUAUAAACUGGGAUGGGGCCCUGGUCAAAUAUAGCGCACUAUACACCAAGUGUACAUAACAUUAAGAACACCUGCCUAAUUUUGAUUUGCCCCCCCUUUAACCCUCAGAACUGCCUCAAUUCGUUGUGGCAUGGACACUCCAAGGUAUCAAAAGCGUUCCACAGGGAUGCUGGCCCAUGUUGACUCCAAUUCUUCCCACAGUUUUUAAUCUUCUCAAACCGGUGUGACUGGCACCUACACCCAUACCGCACUUGAAUCUUUUGUCACCCUCUGAAUGGCACAGAUAAACAAUCCAUGUCUCAGUUGUCUCAAGGCUUAAAACUCCUUCUUUAAUCCGUCUUCUCCUCUUCAUCUACACUGAUUGAAGUGGAUUUAACAGGUGACAUCAAUAAGGGAUCAUAGCUUUGACCUGGAUUCACCUGGUCAGUGUAUGUGAUGGUAAGAGCUGGUCUUCCUAAUGCUUUGUACACUCAGUGUAUAUUGAAUAGUGUGUCAUUGGGGUCGCAGGUUUUUGUCUAUGAUAGAACUAUUUUUGCAAAAACUGAUGCUGUAUUCUAUAAAUAAAGCUACUCUGUAUUUUAA